AUGAGAUCGAAACACGAGAAAUACCACACCUGGAUGCAAGAUGAAGAGCUUCGGGAGCUUACUGCAAGCGAGCCGCUUUCUUUAGAAGAGGAGUACGAGAUGCAGCGGAAGUGGCGAGAAGAAGAAGACAAAUUGACGUUCAUCGUCCUCGCAAAGACGCACGACGCCGCUGGAUCCAGCACUCUGAGCUUAGGAGAUCCAAUAAUCUCACAGCUGCCUAUGAUCGAGACGUCAACAUUUUCUUCACGGCUCACCCUCGCUGACGAACGAGGAAGCGGAACGCGAUUACCGGCGCAGAGGCUACGCACUGGAAGCGCUCCAGCUGCUGCUGGGUUACGCGACUGCAUCGCGCGGCGGUUCAGGCUCGUUCAUAUCCACGACCCCGCUUCAACCCGAUCGGACCUCGAAGCGAGCUCCAGCCCGCUGCCCAUCUCGCCCGCAUCCCUCCUGGUUCGGAUAUCGGAAUCCAAC